CCAACUCUUGGCCAACACACUGAUGAGAUCCUCGGAGAAAUCCUCGAUUAUAAGAAGGACGACAUCGCUCGUUUGAAGCAAGACGGUGUGGUGUCAUAAGGAGACAACGGGCUAGAAGGGUUGGAGGGCCGUAGUAUGCAUUAGUAACAUUUUGCAGCGCUUAGACUUGCAAUGGCCUAUAUACAGGUAGCACUGUUUGUAUAUAUAAAGUUCACAAUGCCCCGCAUGAAAGAGCCAGUAACCUGAUAUCACAAAAUGACUUGCAGCAAACACAAGGGAUGAAUCUCAUUCUCACUUUCCAGGGCGCGGGAGUGUGCCAUCACGUGACCAUAUAUAAGUGUCAAUCUUUUGGGUCUGUCGCAAAAUGUUCUCGGCGCUGUACAAGACAGCCUAUAUCUAUGUUUUGUAUUGUCCCAUGCUUUCCCCAUAAAUCUCACGGUGUAACUGGGUCCCACUGGCUAGGGCAGGGGGGCUAAUGUCACAGCAACAUGGGGUUCCUCCCACGCCGGCGUCUAUAGAGACAGCGCCACCAACCCACGGAACCUCAAGCACCACUUCAGGCCUGCAUACAUCGGCUCCCACCGUCAAGCGGGUCCCGGAGUCGUCUUCACUGUUCCCCUCGUCGAAACCUAGCCGGCCCCCGAGCACAAUUUCGAGUAAAGUACAUAUCCCAAAACUCUCCCCGGCGACCACUGAGCUCGUGGCUCGGGUAACUGGUCUUAGGAAAGGGGAGCAGCAGAGGAAUGGAACUAAAUUCAUGACGUGGAACCCACCAUCGCUCCAUCCAGGUUGGAACUAUCCGCGUACUCAACCAUCAGGCACAAUGAAGACGUCUUCCACUAUCAUAGAGCUACCGACGGCUCCGUUCGUGUGCUCGAAUCAUAUGACAACUCCUGUGGUGGCCGGACAAGCUACUACUACGUCUACAUCUACACAUGCAUAUACAUCUACAUUUCCCCAGGGCAGCCAUGGACGGUCCACAGAUCUUGUUAAUAUUACCCCCAAACCUGCAGAACAUCCUUCAAUAGAAGUCCCAACACCACCGCAGAAUCCAUUACCAUCACAACCAUCGCCUGUAGCCCAGGCGGCUAAAGAUUCACCCCCAUCCGCCCUGCGCAAGAGAGCAGCGGUUGGCCCUGGCCAACGAAGAAGUACCACCGAUGGAACUAAGCGCAGGAGGCGCCGACGUGGUAAUGAUAGCGAUGGUGAAGAUAUAGUCCGAGCUGGUAACUCGAGCUCAGAAGAAUCUGAUGUGGCGCCGACGGCAACGCAGACUAAAUCCGGCCGUCAGGUCAAUCGCCCCUCGUUGUAUAUGCCUUCAUCCGUACCGCUGGCGGUUGCAAAGGACAGCAGUAACUCGCUGGAAACAUCGGAUAACACUCAACGCCAGCCACCGGCUGCCCGGAAACGUAAGCGGGUGUAUCGCAAGCCGAAGGACGGGAAUAUCACCUGUAUCCAUUGCCAGAGGGGACACGGUCCGCCGAGCAACGCCAUUGUCUUCUGCGAUGAGUGCAACGGGCCAUGGCAUCGGCUCUGUCAUGAUCCACCUAUCGACCCUCAGGUCAUCACGGUGAAAGAGAGGGAAUGGAUCUGUCGGGAAUGCAAGCCCAUGCAGGUUACCAUCAUUCGGCCAAUGGGCUUUAGGAACAAUCCUACUCUCACGGACUCAUUGAUAGGUCCUCCCUUACAUGCUCCGGUAACCAUGCCCAAGAUGGAUGUAGGAGGAGAAGGUUAUUCCGCAGAUGAGCGACGAGGCUUCUUGUCGGGCUUAUCGCAUGCGACUCUUGUUGAGCUACUGGUUACUCUAUCAGACCAGCACCCGACAAUACCCAUGUUUCCUCAGAACCUAAAGACACUACAGUCAAGAUUCUCAUUCAAACCAACCAAGGUGGUUCCUACUCCAUCAUCAACAUCCACGAAUACCCCAAUGAUCGCCAACUCCCUAAACCAUGCUUUAACUAGUGGCAUAGACGUCGCUCUGCGAAACACGGGUCUUACUCCUGAAUUCUUGCCCACCCCUUCCUCCGCUCAGCCAACGCAACAUGACGAUCCGUCCGAAGAGUCGGAGUAUGAAAUCGAAGAGCAUCGUCUGUACCCGCGCGCCGGGAAUGGCUUCCGUCUGUCGAAAAAUGCCAGUGAUUUGGAUAUCCUGCAGGAAGAUGUCUCGUGUCGCACAUUCAGCCAUGCAUUGCACGGACCAGCCCAGGCUCGAGCGCAGGCAAAUGAGGCUGCGCCUGUCUGGGGCUCGUGGCCUUCUUAUCUCGUUUAGCUCUCCAUUAUGGAUCUCAGGGAGUGUACAUUGUUGUGAUUAUUGAAAAUUUGCGGUUUUCAUCCAGGUCUACAGAGCUACCUUGCGCAGGAGCUGGUCUGGUUACACUAGCGAUUUUGGAGUAUGGUUAUGAGUAAUGU